AUGAAGGGAACAGUGGUUUGCGCUCUGGUGCUGGUGCAGCUCUUUGGAGCUCUGGCGUCUGACAACUGGAAGCUGGUACCGGAUGAGUCUGGCAGGUUGCGAUUGAUCAACACCAACCCGUACGAUAUCCCGGAGGAUGAGAACGUGGUAGAGCCACUGUUCAAUCCGGAAACGGACGUCAUCUUCCGUCUGUUCACACGUCGCAAUCCGGCCCAUGGACAGGUUCUCCAGUGGAACAGUGCGGCCUCGGUGCAGAAUUCCAACUUUAUCGCAUCGCAUCCGACGCGGUUCACCAUCCACGGUUGGAACGGUGGCGAAACGUCCGGGCUGCAUGCCAACAUCCGCCAGAACUAUCUCGGUGUGGGCGAGUUCAAUGUGAUUGCGGUCGAUUGGGGUGCAGGUGCGCAGACGGCGAACUAUAUCGCGGCACGGAACCGUGUUGCUGCCGUCGGUGAUAUCAUAUCGCGCAUGGUUAAUACGCUGGUAUCGGCGUCCGGUACUUCCCGGAACAAUAUCUACUUGAUCGGUCACAGUCUUGGGGCUCACGCGGCCGGUAAUGCCGGUAGGCAGCAGAAUGGACAGCUGAACACGAUCGUUGGGCUGGAUCCGGCGGGCCCGCUGUUUUCGCUGGGCGAUUCGGACAUUAUGGCACCGCGCGAUGCGCAGUAUACCGAGGCCAUCUUCACGAAUGCCGGUUUGCUGGGAUUCGAUCUGCCAUUGUCUGAUGCUAACUUCUUCCCGAACGGUGGUCGUUCGCAGCCUGGUUGCGGUAUCGAUAUCGCCGGUAACUGUGCUCACUCACGUGCGCAUGAACUGUACGCUGAGUCCGUUUCGUCGGCAGCUGGAUUCCGCGCGACACGCUGUGGCAGCCAUGGUGAGAUCAUAGCUGGACAGUGCACUAACACUGGUACGGCCGUGAUGGGCGGAGAGCCUUCGAAUCAGGGCCGUGGUGUGAACGGUAUGUUCAUCGUCAGCACCAACGGUAACUCUCCGUUUGCUCAAGCGUUGCUAAUUCUGCUGGUUGCCUCGCAACCGGUCGAGCGCAACGCGAACUGGCAGCUCGUCCCCGACAGCUCCGGUAGACUGCAUCUGGUCAAUACGAAUCCUUACAAUCUGGAUCAGCAGGACGUGGCACCACUCUUCAAUCCCGAGCAAGAUCUGAUCUUCCGCCUGUUCACACGUGCCAAUCCGACUACGCCGCAAAUUCUGGAGUUCGGUAACCCGGCAUCGAUUGCGGCCUCGAACUUCAAUCCCGCUCAUCCGACGCGUUUCACUAUCCACGGUUGGAACAGCAACGGUAACGAUGGUAUGAACACGAACAUCCGGAACCGGUACCACGCCGUCGGGGACUACAAUGUGAUCAGUGUCGAUUGGAGUGCCGGUGCGGUAAACCCGAACUAUAUUGCCGCCCGUAACGCCGUCGGACCGGCCGGUGCAGCGUUGGCCGCAUUUAUCGAUCAGGUGGUGGCGGCCGGUGCCUCGCCGGACAAUAUUUACGUCAUUGGGUUCAGUCUUGGUGCGCAUGUUGCCGGUAAUGCGGGUAAGGGACAGAAUGGACGCCUUAACACCGUGAUUGCGCUGGAUCCGGCCGGUCCGCUGUUUUCGCUCGGUCAACCGGAUGCCGUGUCACCGGCUGAUGCACGGUACGUUGAGAUGAUCAUGACGAAUGGAGGAUUGCUGGGUAACAGCGUGCCGAUGGGACAGUCAACCUUCACGCCGAACGGUGGUCGUGUGCAACCCGGGUGCGGAACGGAUAUCGGUGGUGGCUGUGCUCACGGACGGGCUCCGGCGUACUUUGCAGAGUCGAUUGGUAGCUCUACCGCCUUCCGGUCGACACGGUGCGCCAGUAUCCAGGAGGUGGUAGAAGGCAACUGUACUCCCAGUGGACCGGAUGCGAACAUGGGUGGUGAACCGUCCAACUAUGGACGAGGAGUGUCGGGAGUCUACUUCCUUACCACCAACGAUGCUGCUCCUUUUGCUAGAGGAUAA